GCCUCCCACUCCCAGAGAAAACAUGCAGGUGUCUGUUUCAGUGACCUAAGCUGGUGACAACCUAGCAAGGCAACCCCUUGUUGAGUGAGAAGUUUGUUUCAGGUUGGGUGGGGCAUAACUGCUGGGUUGAGGAGGGGACCUAUUGCAAGAUCAUAGGUGAAGAGAGUCACUGCCAGGCCUGGCCGAGGUUUAGUGGGGGAAAGGGACCCUGCCAGGCCGUGCAGGGCUCUCUAACAGGCCAGUCCCGGCUGUAGUUUGGAGAAAGGAGCCCUGACAUCAAGCCAGUCCUUGGUUCAUGAGAUUGGAGAUGCAAUGCCAGUCACUGGUGGUGCUGCCGACACGCCUUUCCCGGGAUCUGCGUUUGUGGGUGGCGGGUGCCAGUUUGGCUUCAGGGGGAGGGAAUAUACACUAGGCCCUGCAGGACAGUCUGUGGUAUCAGAUAGAUUCCGCCGGAUAUCGGAUGUGUAGCGCUUCCUGGUCCAAAUGUUGAGCCCAGCAGAGUUGUUUGCUGUAAGGAACCGGGACCAGAGCCUUCCUCAGCGGUCUCAUGGACAGAAGGACUUUGUGGCAGAUGGGUCGGAGGUGCAAACUAAUAAACUGCAGGUCUGCCGUGCUGAGCAAUGGGAACUGCUAGGAGAGGAGCGCGUGGAGCGGCUGGGCAGCCUUAUAAAAGGUGUAUGGAAGCCAAAGGAAGGGCUAGUGGAGCUGACAUCACCAGCGGGGAAAUUCUGGCAGACUAUGGGUUUCACUGAGGAAGGGCGACAAUGUCUGCUACCUGAAGAAGCUGUUUACCUAGUAGAAUGUGGCACCAUUCAGCUGUUGUACAGGGACUUGCCCUUAUCUGUGCAGGAGGCAUACGAGAGACUGCUUACCCAGGGCUCUGUAUCGGUACUGCAGUAUCGAGUUUAUAGUCAUUUGAAGCGGUUGGGUUACAUUGUCACUCGGUUUAACCCUAGUUCCAUUCCAUCGCUUUAUGAGAGGCGGCUUAAACUGGAGUGCAAUGACAGACCAGAUCGGAAACGGAAGAGGAGCUCUAGCCCAAGAUCAAAGAACAAAAGACAUUCAGAAAAUGAAGCAAAUCAUCAGACUAUGUUAAAGAGCAGUGAACAGUCAGGAAUCAAGUACAGCAAAUCUAAUGCAGGCUCAGAUGAUCAGGAUGGAAAAAUUGGUUGCCAGUCUGAAGGCCGUACAAAGAACAGACAGUAUUGUGACGACAAGUUAAAGCAUAGAGUAGUUGAUAUGGAGAAAGAGAGCAGACACCUACAUUUAGAGGGUUUGAGCUCUGAACAUCAAGACAUACCAGAUAGUAGCCUUAAAGAGAAGUUCUCAAGAACAUCCCGCUGGGACUUCACCAAAAUCUCCCUCCCUAAUUGUUCACCAAAAUUCCCCUUUACACUGCUCCACGAUCCAGAACCUGAACUGCUCCCGGAGAAUGUAAUAUCACGAAAGGCAGAUGUAUCGCUAUGGCUGAACAGGCUCAACUUGCGCCCAGAAAAGUUUUCCCGGAGAGAACGUGAGCAAUUAAAUUGGGAGCGUAGAUACAAGAGUAGUGUUAACUCAGAUCCCAAGGUGCAGAAAUGUGGCAGCUGGAAAGAGUAUAAGCAGCUCCUGCAAGAGAGGAAGCAUCAACGAGAGAGGGUGAAGCCGUCACACCUCUGGGCAAACUCUGUUACUCCAAUACUGAGCCCAGGGCGCAGUCAUUCCACAGCUUCUGUUCUGGAGAAGAUUACAGUAACAAGUCCAUCCUUACUACUGGAUGAUGCUGAAAGGUUACAGAGACAUGAGCCAGACACUCCACAAAUUCAUUUUAAUGUGUAUCAAGCUGACGGCAAUGCAGAGUUCCGAAAAAGCAAACCUGGAACACCAUACGUACGGAUAUGUGUUCGAAGCUUUGACGAGAACAUCCCCAGACUUCGCACUAUCAAGAUCCUGGCCUAUCAGAGUGGAGAAGUCCCAGUGGUUUUUGCACUUGUGGAACCAGGCGAAUUGGCUUUUUAUUCCUUUAAGGACUUCCAGCUGCCUGUAGAUGUGUAUCCCUGAAGAAAGUCAAAGCGGUUGGACCUGGCUUGUGUGACAUGAUUUAUUCAUAUUUUUGAGACCAUUUUUUUUUGCUUGUGUGCAGAUCAUUUUAGUUCUUUUAUAUUUCAGGAAGAAAAAACAAACCAGAAAAAUAAAAGAGCUCUUUUCAAGAAAUUAAUAUAUAUGACAUUUUAAAUAUAGAAACGGGUUUAUUUAAUUGACACCAAUGCCUUUUUAUGGUACCAAAGGGGGAAAAUUAACUUUUAAUUCAAAAUCUUCCACCUAUAGCAUGUUUUAAAGAAAUAUAAAAAGUGAAAUUUGAAACGAUUAGUGGUGCCUUUCAAAUUGUACUUGAUUAAAUUUUGCAAUAUACAUACAUUUAGAAAAAAAAUGCUCCUAGAAAACAUCAUCACUUUAUUGAAACAGUUUAUUGUACAAGAGAUCUGCCAAAUAUGCAGUGAUUGGUCACUUGUACGCUCAUUGCCCUCUUUUGCAGGCUUCCCCAAGGCAGAACAUGCUGUGAUCUGAGAUGUCAUUGCAGAAAAUGCAACAUACCGGACACAUGCAGGAACUGUUAACGCUUUUGCUUUGCAGCGCUGCCCCAUAUCAGGCUGUUCUCUGCAAAUAGUGCUGUGCUCUUGCUGCACUGUGUAAGUUUUCCAUAGCACAGUGCUUUGCAGCUCUGCUCCAUAUCAGGCUUUUCUCUGCAAAUAGUGCUGUGCUCUUGCUGCACUGUGUAAGUUUUCCAUAGCACAGUGCUUUGCAGCGCUGCUCCAUAUCAGGCUGUUCUCUGCAAAUAGUGCUGUGCUCUGCCUGCACAGUGUAAGUUUUCCUUAGCACAGUGCUUUGCAGCGCUGCUCCAUAUCAGGCUGUUCUCUGCAAAUAGUGCUGUGCUCUGCCUGCACAGUGUAAGUUUUCCUUAGCACAGUGCAGUCAGGGCAAAGCACUGUUCGAAAAGAACAGUACAAUAUAGAGCAGGUCUGCAAAGCAGCAGCACAUUAGUGGCUGGCUCUCAGUGAUUUUUUUCAACACUGCCCCUAGCCUUUCCGAGUCUGUAAAGUUGAAACUUAUGAAUGUAGGAUGUUCUUUUGAGCAAUGCACCUUUUUAUAACCAAAUUUUACCUUAUAAUUAUGUAAUGUUAGACCAAGAGCAAAGGAAACAAAUUCAUAAUUACAAAUAAGACGCUUUAAAAAACGUCGUUUUUUUUUUCUCUGCGGCUAAUUUGCAAUGCAACUUUACUUUCAUCUACUGCAUUAUAUUAUAAAACAUUAAAAUCUUUAAAAAUUGCUUUAUUCUCCAGUUGAUCAACCCGUUGUAAUUGAGCUGGUGCUUUAGUGUAACUGCCUAAUUUAAAAUUUAUUUUAGUUUUAAAAUGACCUGCAGAAAAAAUUUCACAAAAAAAAAACUCAUUUCAGAAAGUGGAAAAAGGUUCUGCCUCUGGGGCAGGCUCUGAGUGCCAGAAGUGAUGUAGUGUGCAGUGUCACUGACGCUCAGAUCCUGCAUGAGAAGGGAAUUAGUGUACGCAGCCUUAUGCAUGGUGUGUCACAUGAAAAAAGCUGUGAAAGUAUUUCCUAAAACAAUCUUACAAACCAUAUGUAUACUGUAAAAUUGCUUAUAAACUCAGAUUUGAUGUUUAUAUCCCCUUACAUAAAUAUAUAUGGACCUGGCUGUUUUAGGGGCAUGUGAGUUGUCACAUGAGAACAAAAGGAAAAUGGUCAAAUACAUAACAGAUCAGAUACUCAAUGCGAAUAACCAAUAGGGCUCUAGUAAAGAGAUUUUGUCAGGUCUAUUACUUCCAGUAAUUUAUUGAUUGUACAGUCAUUGAAUUUCUUACUUAUAAAUGCUAUAUUUACUUACAUUUAUUUCAAAGUGAAAAGCAACCACUUUGUAAUCUUACAUGAGGUAAAUUUUCUUAAAGCUCAAGAACAUGUUUCCAAAAAAAAGUAUUUUAUACUAAAAAGCACUAUUUUGUAUAAGACAAACAGAAAAAGGGGUCCAAUAUUCUUUUACAUUGCUAGAGGGCGUUAUAGGAUUUUCUUAAGGUAUACAACAAACCAAACAAGCAUCAAGUGUAGCUAUUGCAAACGGUGAUUUUUAUGUUUGUUAGCUAUUUUUAAAAUUGUAUAUUUUAUAUUAAAAAAACUAAAACUUGCAGUGAAACAGCACAAUUAUUAAUAUUUACAACUUAGCCGUUCAGUGGUAAAUCAUAGUUUACAUUACUCAUUAACACACCCAAACUAUACACCAGUUCAUGGAAAAAAUGCUUAUUCUGUAAAACUAAUUUAAGUUACAUUUAAUAUUUUGUUUGCAACCCCACCUUUAUUACAGAUGCCCAUUCUCAUGCUUAUAUGCAGACUUUAAAAUGACAGAAAAAUGUUCUUUACCCCUUCGAUGCGCAUGAUGAGGCAUUCUCGUCAUGCACAUUGCUAAGUGUAGGCGCAUGACAAGCUUUUCUCUGCAUGCAGGAGAUCGCUGAUCAAACACUUUUUUCGGCAGUCCCCCUCACUACAGGGCGGGAAUCGUUGGUGGCCUAGUGGGCAGCACUUCUUUGUGAAGUCGCAAAAGGGGCAGAACCAGGAAACUCACUGUAGUUGGAUGGGGGAGGUUCUUCAAACCCCUCAAUCUCAGCUCCCAUAGCAGCUACAAACCUCCAAUACCCCUUAUUUCAAAGAGUCACCUGCUCUUUCAAAUUAAGUCUUGGAAAAUAAAGACAUGGGGAUUUGCUUGGGAAUGGCUAAUGCCCCUCUCUCAAAAAAAGGAUACAUUUUGUCUGUUUAGGCAGGUGAUCACUGUGGUAAGAACGAACACCUUGCAAGAAAUAAAGUGCUUUUAUUUCUGUUCUGGAAAACGGGCCUCCCUAAUCUGUAUUAUAACACCCAAAAGCCUGUAUGGGUCCCUAUGUCACAUUUGGCUACCCAUUAUGACAAUUUAGUAAUGUGAUCACAGUAGCAGGAGUGGUUACUUGGCCAUUUUCAGUAUUAUUUGCUAGAAUCUAAGAAACAAUUAUACAUAUUCUUUAUUACAGUUUUUGCCACAGCUAUCUCGUAUGCCAUGAAUUAUAAAUGUAAUGGUAUAUUGUGACUGCUGGGCCUGCUGGAAAAAAAAAACUAUAUAAUUUGUGUGUAUUAAAUCUGACUUACAAUAGUGUUUAAAUCUAGGUAUCAAAAAAAGCUUAAAGGGACAGUCUAGGCCAAAAUAAACUUUCAUGAUUCAGAUAGAGCAUGUCAUUUUAAACAAUUUUCCAAUUUACUUUUAUCACCAAUUUUGCUUUGUUCUCUUGGUAUUCUUAGUUGAAAGCUUAACCUAGGAGGUUCAUAUGCUAAUUUCUUAGACCUUGAAGCCCACCUCUUUCAGAUUGCAUUUUAACAGUUUUUCACCACUAGAGGGUGUUACUUCACGUAUUUCAUAUAGCUCAGUGUUUUUCAACCAGUGUGCCGUGAGAGAUCCUCAGGUGUGCCACGGCAGACUGACAACAGUGUGACAUAUUUUUUAAACUUUGCUUGUUUUUUACUCCCAGUGCAGGGGUAGUUUGUAGGUGACAUGGCAUAACAGCUCAAUACAUACAGUAUGUGUGUGUUUGUGUGUAUGUGUAUAUAUAUAUAUGCUGUAUUAGGCUACAAUGUGUGAUUUUUUUAAAAAUUUUGGGAUGGUGGUGUGCCACGGGAUUUUUUAAUGUAAAAAAGUGUGCCAUGGCAAAAAAAAGGUUAAAAAUCACUGAUAUAGAUAACACUGUGCUCGUGCACGAGAAGUUAUCUGGGAGCAGGCACUGAUUGGCUAGAUUGCAAGUCUGUCAAAAGAACUGAAAAAAGGGGCAGUUUGCAGAGGCUUAGAUACAAGAUAAUCACAGAGGUUAAAAGUAUAUUAUUAUAAAUGUGUUAGUUAUGCAAAACUGGGAAAUGGGUAAUAAAGGGAUUAUCUAUCUUUUAAAACAAUACAAAUUCUGGUGUAGACUGUCCCUUUAAACUUGGCUCAGCACUGGGGUGAAAAAAGGCUUAGCAGCGAAAGGGUUGAAGAAAAUAUCACCUGAACAUCUCAAUGUAAAAAUAUUUACCUCAAAAAUUCUUCCGCUCACAGUAGUGCUCCGUGAUUGGCUAUCUUUCAUUUGCUCUCCGCUAUAUGUUGAAAAAGAAAAAAACAGCCCAUUUGCUUAAUAUGUGCAGAUGUCUUUGCUUUACUGUGAUCCUUUGAGAUUUCACUGAAAUCUCAUGAGAUUUCAAAAUAAACUUCUUUAAACUGAAUAUGGAAAUAACAUGACUGUGCCUGCACAUGUCUGAUACAUGCUUCCUUGCAAGUCCCUAGACUAGCAUCCUGAUUGGCUGCUUAAAGGGACACUGAACCCAAAUUGUCUUGCUAUCUUUAUUUUAAAAGCAGGAAUAUAAAUCUUAGCAGCCAGCCCACUUUAGGUUCAGCACCAUGGAUAGCGCUUGCUUAUUGGAGGCUUACAUUUACCCACCAAUAAGCAAGCAUAUCCCAGGUUCUCAACCAAAAAUGGGCCAGCUCCUAUGCAUCACAUUCCAGCUUUUUAAAUAAAGAUAGCAAGAGAACGAAGAAAAAUUGAUAAUAGGAGUAAAUUAGAAAGUUGAUUAAAAUUGCAUGCUCUCUUAAUCAGGAAAGAAAACAUUUUUGUUUAGUGUCCCUUUAAAGUCCCUAGCUACUGAGGAAAUUUUGAGUGCCUGAAACAUUUAACUCCCUAUGAAUUGUCAAAAUAAAGAGCCUGUUUGUUACUCAACUGUGAGUUCCUGAACAUACAGUAUAUAAAAUCUGUCUUGAACUUGAUAAUCUUACAAUAAAAGCACCCCUCUUUCUCAUGAA